AUGGCAUUUUCAGUACCUAUUCAAGAGAGUGCUCCACAUAUCUACAUCUCGGCGCUUCCGUUCACACCUACAGGAUCACAUAUGCAUAUGGAGGGGUUAUCAAUGUAUAGUAACACUCUCAAAGUGACUAAGGGGCUGGAAAAGUCAUACCGGGGACUGCCAGAAGCGCUUCGGGGACAUACAAAGGAUGUCAAUGCGAUUGCAUUUUCACCAGACGGCUCGCGAAUUGUUUCUGGCUCGGAUGACAAUACGAUUCGACUAUGGGAUGCGGAGACUGGCCAGUCGUUGGGAGAACCACUCCGAGGCCACACAAGCUCGGUCAGCGCCGUCGCAUUCUCACCAGAUGGCUCACGCAUUGUCUCUGGAUCGGAUGAUAAGACGAUUCGACUAUGGGAUGCGGAGACGGGCCAGUCGUUGGGAGAACCAUUCCGAGGCCACACAAACUCGGUCACCGCCGUCGCAUUCUCACCAGACGGCUCGCGAAUCGUCUCUGGAUCGUAUGAUAAGACGAUUCGACUAUGGAAUGCGGAGACGGGCCAGUCGUUGGGAGACCCACUCCGAGGCCACACAAACUUGGUCAGCGCCGUCGCAUUCUCACCAGACGGCUCGCGAAUCGUCUCUGGAUCGUAUGAUAAGACGAUUCGACUAUGGAAUGCGGAGACGGGCCAGUCGUUGGGAGACCCACUCCGAGGCCACACAACCUUGGUCAGCGCCGUCGCAUUCUCACCAGACGGCUCGCGAAUCGUCUCUGGAUCGUAUGAUAAGACGAUUCGACUAUGGAAUGCGGAGACGGGCCAGUCGUUGGGAGACCCACUCCGAGGCCACACAAACUGGGUCAGCGCCGUCGCAUUCUCACCAGACGGCUCGCGAAUCGUCUCUGGCUCGCGCGAUUAUACGAUUCGACUAUGGAAUGCGGAGACGGGCCAGUCGUUGGGAGACCCACUCCGAGGCCACACAGACUGGGUCACCGCCGUCGCAUUCUCACCAGACGGCUCGCGAAUCGUCUCUGGCUCGGAUGAUAACACGAUUCGACUAUGGAAUGCGGAGACGGGCCAGUCGUUGGGAGACCCACUCCGAGGCCACACAAGCUCGGUCACCGCCGUCGCAUUCUCACCAGACGGCUCGCGAAUCGUCUCUGGCUCGCGCGAUCAUACGAUUCGACUAUGGAAUGCGGAGACGGGCCAGUCGUUGGGAGACCCACUCCGAGGCCACACAGACUGGGUCAGCGCCGUCGCAUUCUCACCAGACGGCUCGCGAAUCGUCUCUGGCUCGUGGGAUAGCACGAUUCGACUAUGGAAUGCGGAGACGGGCCAGUCGUUGGGAGACCCACUCCGAGGCCACACAAACUCGGUCAGCGCCGUCGCAUUCUCACCAGACGGCUCGCGAAUCGUCUCUGGCUCGCGCGAUCAUACGAUUCGACUAUGGAAUGCGGAGACGGGCCAGUCGUUGGGAGACCCACUCCGAGGCCACACAAACUCGGUCACCGCCGUCGCAUUCUCACCAGACGGCUCGCGAAUCGUCUCUGGCUCGCACGAUCAUACGAUUCGACUAUGGAAUGCGGAGACGGGCCAGUC